UAUACGAAGGAACGGAAUAACACGUAGCCAAACAGGGUAUAGUAGAAGCUGAUGGGCGAUUCUUUCUCAAGAGCGCCGGAGAAAAACCCUACUUGAACCUCUUUCUCUUGCUCUCUGUCACUGCUCACAAGAAUCCAACGAUGUCGUUGGGAAUCCUUCGAUCUCGCGCGGUUUCAUCCGUAUCGAAGCGAUUCCUCUGCACCAAUACAGCUUCUGCUCCUCUUCCUCCUCCUCCUUCUCCUAAUGCAGCUUCCGCUCCUCUCCCUCCUCCUCCUUCUCCCAGGCGCUGGAAUUUCCUCAAAUACGCCAUUGUCGGCGCACUUACCGGAGCCACCGGCUUUGCCGGUUACGCUUCUUACGCUUACAGCUUGGAGGAAAUAGAAGAGAAAACGAAGUCCUUCCGUGAGUCUGCCAAACACACUGCUGCUGAUGGAGGCACUGCGCUCGAUAAAUUUCAAAGUUUGCUCUAUUCAACUGCAAUGGCAGUGCCUACUAAAGCAGUGGAGUUUUAUUUGGAUUCAAGAAGGCUAAUUGAAGAACUAGUUCAGAGUUAUACUGAACCAUACACGGACAAGCUACUUCCUGAUUUGCUUCCUCAGGAGCAACAUGUGUUUACCCUUGUUCUUGAUCUGAAUGAAACAUUGAUUCACUACAUUUGGACGCGAGAUACAGGUUGGCAGACUUUCAAAAGACCUGGAGUUGAUGCCUUCUUGGAACAUUUAGCUCAGUUCUAUGAAAUAGUAGUGUACACUGACGAACAGAAUAUGUUUGUUGACCCUGUUAUAGAAAGGCUGGAUACCAAGCAUUGCAUUAGAUAUAGGCUGUCAAGGCCAGCUACUAAGUAUCAGGAUGGGAAACACUUUAGAGAUCUUUCUAAACUAAACAGAAAUCCAGCAAAAGUCCUUUAUUUAAGCGGCCAUGCUCUGGAAAGUUGCCUGCAGCCCGAGAACUGUGUCCCCAUUAAGGCAUGGCAGCAGCAAGAUAUAGAUGACACGGCCCUUUUGGAUUUUAUACCAUUUCUUGAGUUUGUUGCCCGUAGUAGUCCAUCUGAUAUAAGACCAGUGCUAGCCUCUUACGAAGGAUGUGAUAUUCCCAGUGAAUUUAUCAGGCGUUCCAAAGAGCAUCAGAGGAGAAUGCAAGAACAGAAGCAUCGUGGUCGCUUCUGGAAAUAAGAUGGCCAGUUUCAUUGCAAGUCGAUAACAAUUGUUGUUUGUUGGGGCUAGCAAAUGAGAUUGUCAAUUUCAUUGCAAGUCGAUUGAUCAGUUUUCCAUUGAUUUUGAGGUCACUGCGAGUUGACAAGUUAUUACGUACAAUAGAGAAAAUGUAGGUUUUGUUUUAUGGGAGUCUUGCAACCCAUGUCUUCGAACCAUUAUUUUUUUGCCUGUUGUAAUUUUGUUGCUGGAAAGCACAUAUCAAUUUAGGUGGAUGGAGUUCCUUUUCACCUGAUGAGUUUUUGAUUCCCGAACAAGGUUAUUAAUCUUGAUUAUAUUUGCUCAGAA